AUGGCUGACAAAGAACUGGGCGAGGCCACGGUGAGACCGCAGGCUGAUAGUGUCAGCAUGGCUGAUGACAAUGACGACAAUGUCAAUACAAAGGAGUGUCAAUACAAAGCAGGGGUAGAUGUAGAAAAUGGGGCGCAAUUUGGAAAUGUUUGUACUAGGUUGGAACGGAGUGUAAAGGAACUACUAUCAAUGCAAAUAGGAGCGCAUCAUCAAACAGGGGACUUUGAGGAUCCUGAUAACUUGCGCUUGUACCAGCAGCUGUACAGAUAUGCAACUGAGGGUAAGAAGGGUAUCUUUAACGACACUAUUGCAAAGAAGCUUCAUGAUCCAAAUGCUAGCAUUCAGCUUCUGUCUCGACGGAGCCCCGAGAAUAACACAUUUGUUCACAUAGCUGUGACCUUCGGCCAUGCCCAACUAGCGGCUGAGAUCUUACAACUUCACAAGCCUCUUUUGUUAGAGAAAAACUUUGAGGGCGACACUGCGCUUCACAUUGCGGCCAAAACCGGAGAUGAUGUGAACGAAACAAGUGCCCUACCCGAGCCUUUGUUUGGAGGUCACCAAUCAGCAGCCAAGCGUUUGAUAGAGGCCGAUCCUGCCGUUUCACUGUAUACUAAUAAGGAACAAAAGUCCGCUUUGUAUCUGGCCGCUGAACAAGGACUUGUUGAGAUCCUGAAGAUCAUGAAUGAAAGAGCAGUUGACAAGAACACACAAAUUCAAGGCAAUUCCCCUUUGCUUGCUGCAAUUCUUGGAUGCCAUAAUAAAGAAGUCCUAAAGAUAAUAUCAAACAUGGAAGCAAAUAUCUUGAACUCAAAAGAUGAGAAAGGGAGGACUCCACUGCAUUGUGCAGCAUCAAUUGAUUAUCUAGAUGGGGUUCGUUUCUUAUUAGAAAUACGCCUCUCUGAUUCUCAUCAAAUGGAUCAUGGUGGCAACUUUCCAAUCCAUUCAGCAUCAAGCAAAGGUCAUGUCAAGAUUGUUAAAGAGCUGCUUCGACAUUGUCCCGAUUCAAGGGAAUUGAAGAACUCAAGUGGCCAAAAUAUACUCCAUGUUGCAGCAAGAUUUGGCAAAGACAAUCUUGUCAAAUAUUUUCUCAAAAACGGCGAGUUUCGAAUGUUGAUAAACAAAAAAGACAACUUAGGAAAUACUCCUUUGCACUUGGCAACGAUGUACCAUCAUCACAAGGUUGUGUACCUUUUGACUUGGGAUAGAAGGACCAACUUAAAGGUCGUGAAUGGUAGGGGCAUGACAGCCCUUGAAAUUUCAGAAAGCACUUUGGAAACCACUGCAUCAUCUCAUGGGACGAUACCUGCUGUAAAAGCAGAAGCAAAUGGCUCAGAGCAAAACCCAAGAGACCCGAGCAGCCUUAAACCUGAACUUGAUCAAAUUUUGCUUGAGCCUGGCAUGGAAAGAAAAAGCAACAAGCUUGAUCGCCAAUCACCACCAUCGAGAACUACUGCCGCUCCUGCUGGUAAGAUUUGGUACAAAACAGUAGCAACAGCUCGCUGUCUGAUAAAUGCACUGGUAAAUUGCUUGGAAUACCCCAAAACUUGGGUGGAAGCAACACGUGACAUGCUGAUGGUUGUGGCAACCAUGAUAUCAACUGCAACUUUCCAAGCUGUAAUUAACCCACCCGGUGGUGUUUGGGGAGAGGAUAAAACAAAUGGAACUAUUUCUUAUUGCACCGAUGAUAACAGAUGCUUAGCUGGAACUGCAGUGGCAGGGAACAGCUACCCAGAAGGGUUCAUCAUGUUCGUAAGAUUGAAUACCAUCUCGUUUCUUGCUUCUCUCAGUGUCACCCUGUUGCUUGUUGGAGGAUUUCCGCUCCAGAAUCGUCUAAUUAUGUGGCUUUUAUCAAUGGCCAUGUGCAUCACUCUCUCUUCUAUGACAUUUACCUAUAUGCAGGCUCUCGCGUUAGUGAUCCCUGAUACUGAAUUUUUUGAAUCAUAUGAAUAUGAUGAUUUAUUUAAUACAUCCAAUAUUGCUUGGGGUUCAUUGCUUCUGUGCAUCGCUUUAAUCCACACCAUUCGUCUUGUCAUUUGGUUGGCGAGGAAGUUUUGGCGCAGGUUCAAGCAUGAUAUCCCAAAAAGCCUCAGGAACGCUGUUGAUAGUUUGACUGCACCUGCACGUCACCGUACCAACAAAUUCUGA